GAUUACAGCAAACGGAAUCAAAUGUGAGAGAAAAAGCUGACAUGCAUACAAAAAACGUGAUUGUAUACAAAAACGCAAAGUGCAAAUCGCAUUGAUUGAUAUUUAUAACAGUGCUUCACUUCUGUCCAUAUUGAUAAGAAGGGAUAAUAUUCCAAAAAAAUUUUGUUGCGUUACAAUGGCGAGAACUUCUAAGAUAUCGAGUCGUUGUCAAUAAUGUGAUACGAGAUUAAUCGAUAAUGAUGAGGUGCCAUCCACUCGAAGAAUUAACAUCUUCUCCACUACGGAAUGUGACGGCUUAUUCACCAGUGAACGUGAUAGAUUAUUUUUUAAGAAGACAUUACACCCUGACUUCCAACAAUCUAAAGAGACGCAGCCUUCGAUUCCCACUUCAAUUUUGGAUUUCACCCAAAAUAUUGUUGAAGGCAUGUGUAUAUCAUCACUACCGAGAAAUUGCAUACAACUUAUUAAUAGAAGUCCUCUAUGCAAAGGACAAACCGAUCGACAUCAUUAGACAACAGCAGUACAUGAUAAACUUCCAUGAAAACGAUUGUUAUAAUGUAUUCAAUGAUGAUGAUGAUGAUGAUGAUGAUGAAUUGUUCUCUUGCAAUCAUCGAAAGUAUUAUAGAAAAUGUGGUACUGUUUCAUCAGCCGCGUAUGAAAAAGAAAAAAAAAGAAGAGAGCGCCUUGGUAUCAAUUAAUCAAUUAAUC